CAUGGGGAGAGAAGAAGGGAGAUUGGCAGGGUGCCUUUCACCCUGCAACAGUCACCCUGGAGUGCUCGGUGAAGGAUUAAGAAUAUUACCAGUUUUCUGAUGAAGCAAAGAACAUAUUUGGUCACCAGCAAUCUGCCUUUGACCAUCCUCAAAGCCAAGAUUUUCAUCACUGUCUAGAAAAAUACCUCAUUCAGAGGACACAUAAGUCCUCUUUGAAUGCCUUCUUUCUGGGAGCAGUGAGAGAAAGAAACUUAGAGAUGUAGAAAGAAUUAAUGGUAUAAAGGAAAGAAAGAAGGCAAAAGGUAGCAAAUGUGGGGGCCAUAGAAAUAGUAAUAAGAAGAGAGAAGAAAACCAGGAAAACAAAAGGGGAGGCAAAGGCCAUAGAAAAUAACAGCCAGAGAGAGGAAGAGAAGACGGAGAGAGAAAGAGAGAGAGAAAAGCUGAUAAAUUGCUGAGAAGUUUCUCUCCUUAAGAAUUCUAAGUCAAGAAGUCAAAUAUGGCACAGAGCAUGGAAAGGAGGCAAUGGAUGCCCAGUGCAAGAUUCUGAAGAAGCCGGAAUUCAGCCCGAUGGGAGUCCGAGUUCAUGUCGUGGCAGCCUCUGCCCUGGUGCAUUUCAUCUUGUUGCCUAACCACAGACUGGGUACAUCUCUGGUAUAUAUGGUUGCUGGUUGUCAUUGGCGCGCUGCUUCUCCUGUGUGGCCUGACGUCCCUGUGCUUCCGCUGCUGCUGUCUGAGCCGCCAGCAGAAUGGGGACAAUGGGGGCCCACCACCCUAUGAGGUCACCGUCAUUGCUUUCGACCAUGACAGCACUCUCCAGAGCACUAUCACAUCUCUGCAGUCGGUUUUUGGCCCUGCAGCUCGGAGGAUCCUGGCUGUGGCUCACUCCCACAGCUCCCUGGGCCAACUGCCCUCCCCUUCGGACACCCUCCCAGGGUAUGAAGAAGCUCUUCACAUGAAUCGCUUCACAGUAGCCAGGUGUGGGCAGAAAGCACCUGAUCUACCCCCAGUCCCUGAAGAAAAGCAGCUGCCUCCAAUAGAGAAGGAGUCAACAUGAAUAGGACCCUCUUGGAACUGACCGGAGCUGUGAUUUUAUAAAUAGGGGUAGAGGUAUGCCCAGAGUCUGUGGGUAAAUGGAUCAUAUUCUCUGCUAACCCUCAGAAGUUUUAGGAUGGCUCUGACACCAUCAUUCUAUGGGAAAGAUGGGUUCUGACUCUUCAUUCACGAGCCUUUAUAUUUUCUGAUACAGAAUGCUCUAACUGGGAACUCUGAUUUUUUAUCCGAUGGCUGAAAUCUGCAAGUAAUCUCUAGUCACACUGAUUACUACUAAACCGGGAAAUCAUCAAGGGUGUCUUGAAUCCCUUCAACUAUUGAGUGCAUAUAAAAUUCCUGUACCCACAUGAUACUGUAAGUUGUGUUUCUCUCUGUCAGCUAAUACAUGCGGUAAACUGGAAAAGAAAGACAGCAGUGUCAGCACAACCAUCGAUAUUAAUGCACUGAAUGCAUUCAUCUUUCCUCCUGAGACAGCAAUAGAUUUUACACUGAAUGACAAUGAUCAUCUUAGCACAACGUACCCACCCGGAUAUCUAAAAUCCAUGGAUGAGAUUGCUGACAUGGGCUAAGAUAACACAGUAUAGUAUUCAAGUGCCAAAUAUCAGUCUUUCUUUCUCUCUGUUCCUACCCAUCAGCAGUAUGAAAAACUCCAUACUGUGCAAGCAACAGAUUAAUUCUUCAGUUCCUCUGCACUGCAAACACCUACGUGUGCACACAUGCAUGUACACAUGAAUCCAGUUUCAACUUUAAAGGAAUAGUGUUGCUUUGCUGCUUUCCUGUUUUGUCUGGACCACCUAAAGCCACAACACCCCUAUAGUGACACACGCUUGUCUCUAGUGGUGGCCCUCACUGCCACCUAGUGGAGGCAUGGUGGAAAAUACACUCUCUCCUUUGAGCCUAUCUGCAAUUCUCUCCAGUUGGAGCAAAAAGUAAAUGCUGAACUAAGCCUGGAUGGGAUGCUUCCCAAUCUAUGCAUAUAACAUAUCACCACCAGAAGUAUAAUUACUGGAAAAUCAAAAAAGUGAUGCACAUUUGGGGAAAAACUACUCACCUUAGAUAAGUCACCAAAAUCCUCUUUUUGUUGAGAUUGAGUUUUGCCCUUAUAGCCCAGACUGGAAUGCAAUGGCACGAACUGGGCUCACUGCAACAUCUGCCUCCUGGGUUAAGCGAUUCUUUUGCCUUAUUUCCCAAGUAGCUGGGAUUACAGGUUCCUGCCACCACACCCAGCUAAAUUUUGUAUUUUUAGCAGAGACGAGGUUUCAGCAUAUUGGCCAGGCUGGUCUCGAACUCCUGACCUCAGGUGAUCCUCCCACUUCGGCCUCCCAAAGUGCGAGAAUUAUAGGCCUGACCCACUGCUCCCAGCCUGAAAUCUUUAAAACAGUUUUCUCACCUAAAAAACAGGGAACAAUAACACCUCAGAAGGUUGUUGUGAAGUUCAAAGAAGUUAAAUAUCUGUGGCAUGAUUUGUAAAGUGCUACGCAUAUGUACGUUAUUCUUCCUACUGUCAUCUAACCUUCCUUUGCCUGCUAUGACUCCUCUGAGAGCUGUGUUCCCAUUUAUCCUUUUGCCAGCUACGUUACUGUUGUAGCACCUGAAGUGGCUUUAUUUUUUUCAAUAAAUAUUUGUUGAUUGAGGUAAA